GUCUCUCUGUGUUACAGCCUGUCGUUAGUCAGUAUAAAAGUACCGGCAUUUGACAGGUUAGCCAUUCAGUACCCUGCCUAUGCCACGGUGUUCGGGUGAUCAUAACAAGGAGUAUGAAGAUCUACUUUUGUGGGAGUAUCGGCGGAGGGCGACAAGACGCUCACUUGUACGGCCGACUCAUAAAAAAGCUGGAGAAAUACGGCACAGUGCUCACCACACAUGUGGGCGAUCUUCACGUCAUCGAAAAUGAGAAAGAUAUGACUGAUAAGGAGAUCCACGACCGUGAUGUGAGCUGGCUGGAGCAGGCUGAUGCGGUUGUUGCCGAAGUGACACAGACAUCCAUGGGAGUGGGCUACGAGAUAGGCAGAGCUAUCGGUAUGAAGAAACCAGUCCUCUGUGUGUUUAGACCGGACACUGGGAAAGAGGUCUCCGCCAUGGUAGGAGGAUGUGACGACGGCAAGUCCGUCAUAUUUAAACGAUAUAAAGAAGAAGAAAUCGAUGGAAUAUUCGCAGAAUUUUUUAAAUCUCUUUAAUAUAUUUGUGGUAUAUAUCUAAAUUAAUUUAUAACCAUAUAUUUGUAUAGAAACUAUUGUCCAUAUAUCUGCUUAGUUGAGAUUAUCCCACCCUUAAGCACUAUACGCUAAUGGUAGAAAACUAGCUGCCUCCUGUAGUUGUUUUGAUUAAUUAAUUGUGACCAGAUGUAGAAUGUGAAAAUCGAUGUUUUUGAAGCUUUUUUGUUAUUACGACUCAAAGGUUCACAGUAUUGGUGGAUAUAAAUAAAGAACUAAGAAAGUCA